AUGAGGGCCUGGGGCCUUCUCCUCCUGGUGGCCCUCCUGGCUUUGGGGAGCCAGCUGCCUGCUGCCUUGGCCAGGAGGAAGGGAGAGAAAUCUGGGGGCUGCCCACCGGAUGACGGGCCCUGCCUCCUUUCGGUGCCUGACCACUGCGUGGAUGACAGCCAGUGUCCCGCAAGGAUGAAAUGCUGCUACAAAGCUUGCUUCCGCCAGUGUGUCCGUAAGAUCUCAGUCAAGCCCGGCAGCUGCCCGGAGGACCGCCUGCGCUGCGUCAGCCCCGUACAGCAUCUGUGCCACCAGGACUCAGACUGCAAGGGCUCGGCUCGCUGCUGCCUGGGCGCCUGUGGCCGUGACUGCCGCAGCCCUGCACGAGGCUAA